GAAGUGAAUUCUAUUUCGGGCGUGUUUUCGAGGGGUGGAUUCAGUCAGUGUUGGCGGGAGCAGAACGGUCUGGCCGCUUCUUGCUGUCUGGCCUGUGCUGGCGCUGGUGUAGGGGCUUGCAGGCAACCCUCCCAGCCUCCAGCCGUCAGAAUGCGGGUGGCUGUGGCCGGCUGCUGCCACGGCGAGCUGGACAAGAUCUAUGAGACGCUGGCGCUGGCGGAAAGGCGCGGCCCUGGGCCGAUAGAUCUGCUGCUGUGCUGCGGCGACUUCCAGGCGGUGCGCAACGAGGCCGACUUGCGUUGCAUGGCCGUCCCGCCCAAGUACCGCCACAUGCAGACCUUCUACAGGUAUUACUCUGGAGAGAAAAAGGCCCCAGUUCUCACAAUCUUUAUUGGGGGAAACCAUGAAGCCUCAAAUCAUUUGCAAGAGUUACCCUAUGGUGGCUGGGUGGCGCCAAACAUUUAUUAUUUAGGUUUGGCUGGUGUAGUAAAAUACCGAGGCAUAAGGAUUGGUGGCAUCUCUGGUAUCUUUAAAUCUCAUGACUAUCGAAAAGGUCAUUUUGAGUGCCCCCCUUAUAAUCCAGCUACAAUAAGGAGUAUAUAUCAUGUGAGAAAUAUUGAAGUCUAUAAAUUAAAACAGCUGAAGCAGCCUAUGGACAUAUUCUUAUCUCAUGAUUGGCCAAGAAAGAUCUAUCAUUAUGGAAAUAAGCAGCAGCUUCUGAAGACUAAAUCUUUUUUCCGACAAGAAGUGGAAAAUAACACAUUGGGAAGUCCUGCUGCCUCAGAGCUCUUAGAGCACUUCAAGCCUACAUACUGGUUUUCUGCGCACCUUCAUGUGAAGUUUGCAGCCUUAAUGCAGCAUCAGGCCAAGGAUAAAGGACAGGCAGCCAAAGCAACCAAAUUUUUAGCCCUGGACAAAUGCUUACCACAUAGAGACUUUCUUCAGGUGAUAGAAAUAGAACAUGACCCCAGUGCUCCUGAGUACUUAGAGUAUGAUAUUGAAUGGCUCACUGUUCUCAGGGCUACUGAUGAUCUUAUUAAUGUGACUGAGCGUCUAUGGAAUAUGCCUGAGAAUAAUGGCCUGCAUACAAGGUGGGAUUAUAGUGCAACAGAAGAAGCUAUGAACAAAGUAUUGGAAAUACUGAACCAUGACCUCAAAGUUCCAUAUAACUUCAGCAUAACAGCUGCUUGUUAUGAUCCUAGCAGGCCACAAACACAAAUGCAGUUGGUUCAUAGGAUCAAUCCUCAAACUACUGAAUUUUGUGCCCAACUUGGCAUCACUGACAUGAAUGUCAGGCUUCAGAAGGCCAAGGAGGAACAUCACUUAUGUGGUGAAUAUGAACAGCAAGAUGAUGUGGAGAGUAAUGACUCUGGAGAAGAUCGUAGUGAAUAUAACACAGAUACAUCUGCCCUGUCGUCUAUUAAUCCAGAUGAAAUAAUGUUAGAUGAAGAAGAGGAAGAUGAAGAUAGUAUUGUAAGUACGCAUAGUGACAUGAAUACACCAUCUGUAGAACCUUCUUCUGAUCAAGCUUCUGACUUCUCUGCCAGCUUCUCUGAUGUCAGGAUCUUGCCAGGUUCCAUGGUUGUAUCUUCUGAUGAUACGUUGGGUUCCCCAGAUGGCAGAGAGGGGAAACUUGGUGAGGCUCCAGAGUCAGGGGAUGGAAACGACUUAACUGAGUUGCCAUUGAAGAGGCUGAGUGAUGAACAUGAACCUGAACAAAGAAAGAAAAUUAAGAGGAGGAAUCAAGCCAUCUAUGCUGCAGUGGAUGAUGAUGAUGCAGCAUAAGACAAUUGAGUUGCCUCUGUAUUAUAUGUAGAUAUGUGAUUUUUGAGACUAUAUUUUUAGAGCUGGAUUUUUGACUCAAGAUUUAACUUUGUAAUAAUGAAGUUACUUAAGAGAAUUUUAGUUAGGUAUUGACUUUGUCUUUAGUCCUUUGUAUAUUUCAGAUGAAAAUAUUAAAAUUUCAUAUAUUUACUUGAUCGAGUACCUUUUUUUGGAAGAUGGAUAUUAUUCACUUUCAUUUUUUUCAGGAAGCACUUACUGAAUACCUACUUUGUACCAGGCACUCUUCUGUAGGAUGGCUCUAUAAAAAUGAGUAAGACAGGGAUUUUUACCUUCAAGGAGUUACUACCACUAUGAAUAUUUUGGUGUAUAAAAUAAGGCAUAUUUAAUAUUUUGUUUUGGGAAAUCAUUAUUAUGUGUGUGAUUUUGUAUGCUUUCUUUUUAUUUGUUAUAAAUAUUUUCUUGGUCUGCUCUUAAUGUCUGUCAAAUAUAAUUGAAAUUGAAGAUGGUAAAUAAGGUUUCAGGAAAUAAAUUCUUCUAGAUACUAAA